GCGACUGCACGGCGUAGCCGCGGCCCCGUGGGGAUGACGGUCAGCGCGCGUUCCCGGAGCGCGUGAGAGCGGAGGGGACUUGGCCCGGUGGACGUCGGCCGCUGGCGGGCGACACAGGUGUUCGGGAUGGAAGCGGAAGGCUUGGAUUGGCUUUUGGUCCCGCUGCACCGGCUGGUGUCCUGGGGGGCCGCCGGGGCCAUGGUGUUUGGAGGGGUGGUGCCGUACAUCCCGCAGUACAGGGACAUCCGGAGGACUCAGAACGCCGAGGGCUUCUCCACCUACGUGUGUCUGGUGCUCCUGGUGGCCAAUAUUUUACGGAUUCUUUUCUGGUUCGGAAGGCAUUUCGAGUCUCCGCUUCUCUGGCAGAGCAUCGUCAUGAUCCUGACUAUGCUGCUGAUGUUGAAGCUCUGCACCGAGGUCCGCGUGGCGAACGAGCUGAACGUGAAGCGCCGUUUCUUCGCAGACUUCGACCCUCACCACUUCUGGCACUGGAGCAGCUUUGCAGACUAUGUGCAGUGUGUCCUGGCCUUCACAGGUGUGGCGGGCUACAUCACAUACCUGUCCAUCGACUCGGCCCUGUUUGUGGAGACCCUGGGCUUCCUGGCUGUGCUGACAGAGGCCAUGCUGGGCGUGCCGCAGCUCUACCGCAACCACCGCCACCAGUCCACAGAGGGCAUGAGCAUCAAGAUGGUGCUCAUGUGGACGAGUGGCGACACCUUCAAGACGGCGUACUUCCUGCUGAACGGCGCGCCCCUGCAGUUCUCCGUGUGCGGCCUGCUGCAGGUGCUUGUGGACCUGGCCAUCCUGGCGCAGGCCUACGCCUUCGCCCGCCACCCGGCAAAGCCGGCCCCCCACGCAGCGCACCCCGCCAGUGCCAAGGCCCUCUGAGGCGGCUGGGGAGGAUGAGGACGUGUGACCACUGGCCACAGGCACCGCCCCAGCCACCUGUCCUCCUGCGUGGGGCAGGUGGGCACCGUGGCCCCCUGAGAUGGCAUCCGGGCCGUCAGGGUCUCAAUCAGCCUCCAUGGGCUCUCAGGGUGGCGGGUGGGGGCCCAGGUGCCAAUGUUUGUGCUCACUCACCCCGAGGAAGAGUGUGAGCCG